GAUUGUUUUCGAAGUCAGUAAAGCUUAUGUCUGAAACAAUUCCCAGCUCUGAGGGGUUCUACCUGCGUCUUGUGCCGCCAACCUACGUCGGCCCACCACCCCUUCCCCAUCCGGCCUGCACUGCCCCAACUCCGGAUGAACAAGUUCGACUGGCCAAUGAAGAACAUCAACAAGAACUCGCCCGUCGUCAACUUGAGCAUGAUGUGAAGCAAAAGAGUAUCCCCAAGAAUACCUAUAAAGAAAAUAUCAGCGCAAAGGAUCAAAUAAUAAAAGGGGCGGGGGGGGUGUUCAGUAAGGUGAAGUCUGUGGUCACGCAGGCGGCAUUGCAAAUUGAAAAGGGCGCCGCCGACGCUACGGUCGCGACGAAGACGCAUGUGCGGCAGCUCAAACUCCAAACGGCAAAUGAGCGCUUCCGCCAGCACUUCCCAGAGCUCGCCCUGAAAGGCGAAGUCCUCUUGGCGGACUACGAGUGCUCCACCAUUCAUUCUGGGAUGACCGUAAACGGACACCUGCAGAUCACGCGCAGCCACCUCUGCUUCUGCUCUCAGGCCUCGAUGCUCGUUCAGGCAGGGGCCUUUUUUGAGAUGAUGAAGUCCGCCAUUGAAGACGGGGAGGUGCAACACAGCCAGAAAUGUAUUGGUGUGAAGGAGGCAAUCCCGUUGACACAAAUCGCCUCUAUUCAGCGCUCCGUGGCCCUUGAAACGCUCAAAGCCAACGCACCUUGUGUCAUCCGCCUCCCAGACAGUUCGGUCAUCCUGAACGCUCUUCAGGUCUUUACCAUACCGAAUAAAAACUUGUAUCAGUUUGUGGGGUUUGACUCCAUUAUUGAUAAGGCAAGCAAUGCACUGAGCACUGCGAACACAAGUACGGCCAUCGAACGCGCGUACAAUUAUAUGGAUCAUGCAUGGAGAGAGGCAGUGAAGGUGCCUAUCAAAGAUGUAGAAUAUAUCUGA